GUGUAAUUUCUUAGACUCCAAAGACACACUUGCGACUUUAGAUUUUUUAUUUAUUUUCUGUGUUCAUUUUGGUAAGCCUAUAGGAUAAACUUUAUUAAAUAAGUCAUUUAUUAAAGUCACUUUAAUAAAAUAAAAGCAAAUAAAUAUUUACCGUACAGGUAAAACUAAACAAAAGGUAAAUUAUUCUUAUUAUCCUUCUGUACUUAUCCUUUAAAUGUUAUAUUUUGCCGAUGCAAUAAUUAAAUAAGUACUUUUGAUUUGUGAAAACCGUCAUAAUUUUUAUGUGGACUAACAUCAUCUCAUUUUCAGUUAUAUUAAAAUUAGAUUCAAAGUUUCGUAACCUGAACUCCAUUAAGGUAUUUUUACUUGUACACAAAAUGUUUCGAUUUGAUAGAAUCUUAAGUCAAAACAUCUUGAUUUUCGCAUUAUCACUAUUUUUCGCAAUGUUGCAAUCUUUAUUACGAUUUCUACCAUUUCUACACGAUCUCAGCAUUUCCUUGAUAUCUUAAAAUGAUAUCCAGUACCUAAUCUGGACCACUUUAAUGUCUACAUGGUCAAUUUCCCUUUCAUUUGAUGAGAUAUUACGUUAUCAUUUUUUUUUUAAAUAUAAAAUAUAACAUUUUCUUUACCUACAUAAUAUCCAAAACUUUCUGACCCGCUCCACAUUUUGUGGGCAAUUAACGAAAUUUCACCUGUAGGUUUUAAAAAAAAACUCUCGAUUCUUUUUCGUCUUUAGUUUUCUUUUUAUUUCACAAUAUUAUGGGGCUUUUUUGGAAAGGGAAAGUGAAAACUGGAAUUUCAAGUAAUAUUCUGAGAUUUCGCUAGUGUUGUAUUGUGGUCAUUGCAAUAAAAAAUCGCAGCUGUAAACUGUUUCUAUCCCAACUACAUUAUUAAAAAAAAAUUGUUCGUAAUCGAGAUCAAUUUUUUUUAGACUGCAAAGACACCAUUGCUGCAGCAUGGCACUAAUUUGAACUGAUAAAGAGAUCUUUUAAUACAAAGAAACUAUUGACCUCCUCUUCUUGCAACUGCAUUUCAGAGAUCGUCGUGGUAAACGGCCAUGACCCUGUUUCUGUUUGAUCUUUAACUGCGCUUUUAAGAGGCAUACAAAUUGCACAAAUUCCAAUACGAAAUUCAGCGUAAUAUGUAAAUCAGCUAAAUUCAUUUGUCCCAUUGAGCUUGAUCAUGUGUAAUCUGCGUAGUGCUAACAAGAAUUUAGCAAUAAAUCCUUGAAAAUGAGAUUACACAAAAAAAAUGUUGUAAGUCUUAUUCGAUCAUUCAGAGCAAAUAAAAGAUUUAUAAUAAGUAAUAGUUUUCUGAAUUAUUUUUUUGUGAAAAAAACAGCAAAAUGGUAAUAAAGUAAGUUACCUCUAUCGAAUAAAUGCAAAUUAUGUAUAUAUAGAUUAAAAAUUGCAUAAUAAGUAGACUAUCAAGACUUAUUGAUAAAAGUAAAAAUAAUUAAAUAUUUGUCGUAUAUGUAUGCUAUGCUUUGUCACUUUGAAAAGAGGUAAAUUAAACUGAGGCGUGAGCUCCAUUCAUCAUACACAACAAUUUAUUUAAGGAAUUUCCAAUGUUGAUUUUCCAAGAAGCUCAAGUUGCGUAAGAGUACCAAAUUUUUACGUAGAAAAAACAUUUUCCUAUUAAAAAGCAGGAAAUUAAAAUACCAUAGUAAAUAUUAGAGGUAUCUAGUUUUUACUUCAAUAAUAAGUGCCUAAAAUUAAAUAUUUGGAAGACAAUUCCGCAGAUUUCUUGAGGAAACAUUUCAUAACUCCAUUUAACGGCUCUAGCUCACGUUUUUGAUUUAUCAAAGGUACAUAAAUCAUUAUCCCGCCAUACGAUCGUCCAUCGUCCGCGAUUUGACACAAUUAUGUAUUCAGUGUUUCAUGUGGCGUUGGCAAUGUUUCAUAAAAAAUGUUUCAACAUAAUUUCUGUACGAAGUGACUGGCGAACCUAUCACGAUUAAAGUCGAAUUAAUGAAGAAAAAUAAAAUUUACAAAAAAAUAUACUAAAGUUUUUUGAGAAAAACCUAAAAUAUUCAAUAUUACAACAAAAAAAACAUCAAGAUUGGUUUUAGGAUAGUGAAAUUGUGCACAAGUGACAAUGUUUUCCCUCAAUUACCAUAGUCAACAAAUACUUUUCCACCUAAGUCAAGCAACACCCAAAAGAAAUAAUGUUACCCUAAAGAAACAGAAAACGAAGAAAAAUGUGGUUACACAGCAUCAUAAUAUCGAUAGGGCGAUUUUCUGCCCAAUCAGUUUUGCCGAGGUCAUUCGCAACAUGCGUUAUUCUCCGUUUCCUGCAAGUCAAAUGCUAUCAAACAUCAAUCUGGAACAUCUAUGCUUUGUUCUUUAUCCAGAAAAAAGGGUACUUAAAGAAAAAUCCCAGUUUUCCGUGAGUUACGUUCCGGAAGAUUCGUUUAAUACAAAUCGUGUAGGAAGUAGGGUAAUAGCAGAAAUUUCGGGAAACCUUUUGAGUAAAAAGGUCACUAAUAGUCUUAAGACCGGCAUACAGAUCCGUAGCUUUAAGACUGAUCGAUCAGUUGUUGCUGAGAUGAAAAGGAAUCCAGGCAUAAUGUCUCGAGUCCGGGAUGCAUUCGGUCCAAAUCGUAGUACUACAACACUCGAUUCGCCUAGUCCCACAUCUAGUAGUGAGACGUUGACUAAACUAUUACAGCAAGUAGAUGAUGCGGGGGUUAAUGGGGAGCAGAAACAAAGACUAAAGGUGGCCUUUGCCGAAGGAUACCUAGCUGCAAACAAUACCGAUGGGUCCAAAGGUAGCCGAACGAUGAAGUACCUCAAGGUACUUCAACAGAUCGUUAUUAUAUUAGUAUUUCUCGGAAUUUUCUUCAGUCUCUUCUCUUCAACAAGUGGCUCAGUCUUUAGUAAUUCCCAAAAUAGGAUUCAGCUAGGCAACCAAGUUGAAGUGGACCCUGAAGAAAUCAGUGUUACCUUUGAGGAUGUCAAGGGCUGCGACGAGGCAAAGCAAGAAUUGAAGGAGGUGGUGGAAUUUCUAAAAAAUCCUGACAAGUUUUCCAAUUUGGGAGGAAAAUUGCCCAAGGGCGUACUGUUGGUGGGACCCCCAGGCACUGGAAAAACUCUCCUAGCACGUGCAAUUGCUGGUGAAGCUGGUGUGCCAUUUUUCCACGCCGCUGGACCGGAAUUCGAUGAAGUUUUGGUGGGACAAGGAGCUAGACGCGUUAGAGAUUUAUUUAAAGCUGCAAAAGAGAGAGCUCCGUGUGUAAUUUUUAUUGAUGAGAUAGACUCGGUAGGAGCUAAAAGAACCAACUCCGUACUACACCCAUAUGCAAACCAAACUAUAAAUCAGCUUUUGUCCGAAAUGGAUGGCUUUCAUCAAAAUGAGGGAGUCAUUGUUUUGGGCGCUACUAAUAGACGAGACGAUCUAGAUCAAGCCCUUUUGCGCCCUGGACGAUUUGACGUAGAAGUUGUGGUACCGACACCAGACUUUGGAGGACGUAAAGAAAUUCUCACACUUUACCUGGCAAAAAUUCUUCAUAAAGAUAUCGACAUUGACACCCUAGCGCGUGGUACAACAGGUUUUACAGGAGCUGAUUUGGAAAAUAUGGUAAACCAGGCUGCUCUACGAGCUGCCAUUGAUGGAGCCGAAGUGGUAACGAUGAAACACCUUGAGAGUGCUCGUGACAAAGUUCUUAUGGGUCCCGAGAAAAAAGCCCGCGUGCCAGAUGAGGAGGCAAAUAAAAUUACGGCUUACCAUGAAGGUGGGCAUGCAAUAGUUGCGUAUUUUACAAAAGAAUCCCAUCCAAUUCACAAAGUCACAAUUAUGCCACGGGGUCCCUCGCUUGGACACACAUCUUAUAUACCAGAGAAGGAACGCUACCAUGUAACAAAAGCUCAACUUCUGGCCAUGAUGGAUACAAUGAUGGGUGGUAGGGCAGCAGAAGAAUUAGUUUUUGGACCAGAGAAUAUUACAUCCGGAGCUGGAAGCGACCUCAAGCAAGCUACUUCAAUUGCAACGCAUAUGGUUAAAGACUGGGGAAUGUCAGAAAGAGUGGGCCUACGCACCAUUGAAGGUGCAAAAGGAUUGCAACCCAGUGAAUCUCUUGGUCCCAAUACAGUUGAGCAGGUUGAUGCAGAGAUUAAAAAAAUUUUAAGUGAUAGCUAUGAGAGAGCUAAAGCUAUUCUUAAAGCACAUCCAAAGGAACACAAAGCCCUUGCCGAAGCGCUCCUAAAGUACGAAACGCUCGAUUCUGAAGAUGUGAAAGCCAUCAUGGGAGGUUCCAAAAUUUCACAAGAGUCAAAAACAUCAUAGAGAUUGAAAAAAAAAUAGAAAUAAAAAGGAUGAUUGAAUUGAAUAAUCUAAUUUUAAAUAAACCCAUGAAACUAA